GAGGAGGGCGGGAGGCGGGCCGGAAAGUUUGUCGGGCGACAGAGGCGGGACUCCGGCCGGGGAUGCGCCCCCGGCUGCGGCUCCGGCGCCCCCGCUCGCACGGGAGUCGAGCUCGCCAUGGGCCGUCCCCAACUGCUCCUGCCCCUGUGUGCCUCUGUGUCUUCGCUGGGUGGCCUGACCUUCGGCUAUGAGCUGGCAGUCAUAUCGGGUGCCCUGCUGCCACUGCAGCUGGACUUCGGGCUGUCCUGCUCGGAGCAGGAGCUCCUGGUGGGCAGCCUGCUCCUGGGGGCUCUCCUCGCCUCCCUGGUGGGCGGCGUCCUCAUCGACCAGUAUGGCAGGAAACGGGCCAUCCUUGGGAGCAACUUGGUGCUUUUGGCGGGCAGCCUGAGCCUAGGCCUGGCCGGCUCCCUGGCCUGGCUGGUCCUGGGGCGCUUGGCCGCUGGAUUUGCCAUCUCUCUCUCCUCCAUGGCCUGCUGUAUUUACGUGUCAGAGCUGGUGGGGCCGCGGCAGCGGGGCGUGCUGGUGUCCCUCUACGAGGCAGGCGUCACCGCGGGCAUCCUGCUCUCCUAUGCACUCAACUACGCCCUGGCUGGCGCCCCCUGGGGAUGGAGGCAUAUGUUCAGCUGGGCCGCUGCGCCUGCCCUCCUCCAGUCCCUCAGCCUCCUUUAUCUCCCUGCUGGCACCGCCGAGACUCCGGCGCCCAAGGACCUCGUUCCUCUCCAGGGAGGUGGGACCUCCAAGCUGGGCCCGGCGAGGCCAAGAUCCUCCCUCCUGGACCUCUUCAGGGCGCGGGAGAACAUGCGAGGCCGGACCGCCGUGGGCUUGGGGCUGGUGAUUUUCCAGCAGCUGACGGGGCAGCCCAAUGUGCUGUCCUACGCCUCCACCGUCUUCCAGGCGGUGGGCUUCCGGGGAGGCUCCUCCGCGGUGCUGGCCUCUGUGGGACUCGGGGCCGUGAAGGUGCUGGCGACCCUGACUGCCAUGGGGCUGGUGGACCGAGCAGGCCGCAGGGCCCUGUUACUGGCCGGCUGUGCCCUCAUGGCCCUGUCGGUCAGUGGCAUAGGCCUUGUCAGCUUUGCCGUGCCCGUGGCCUCCGGCCCAAGCUGCCUGGCCGUGCCCAAUGCCACCAGGCUGUCAGGCCUCCCUGGGGACUCCGGCCUGCCGAGGGCCACGGCUCCCCCUCCACCGCCGACAACCAGUGAGAACCAAGGGAGGCCGGCCCUGUCGACCUCUGAGACGAUCCAGCCUCCUCCCGGAGCUGGGGACCCCACGGCCGCGGCCCUGCCGGCCUUAAGCCCCGCCUCCCCGGCACCCCCUUCUGCCCCAGAGCGUGUCCUGCUGCACUGGGCCGCGCUGGUCUGUAUGAUGGUCUUUGUGAGCGCCUUCUCCUUUGGAUUUGGACCAGUGACCUGGCUCGUCCUCAGCGAGAUCUACCCCGCGGAGAUCCGGGGCAGAGCCUUCGCCUUCUGUAACAGCUUCAACUGGGCCAGCAACCUCCUCGUCAGCCUCUCCUUCCUCGACCUCAUCGGCACUAUCGGCUUGUCCUGGACCUUCCUGCUCUACGGGCUGACCGCUGUCCUCGGCCUGGGCUUCAUCUAUGUAUUUGUCCCCGAAACCAAAGGCCAGUCACUGGCAGAGAUAGACCAGCUGUUCCAGAGGAGACGGUUCGCCCUGAGCUUUGGCCCCCGGCAGAGCUCUGCUGGCAUCCCAUACACCCGCAUCGAGGUCGCUGCCGCCUCCUGAGGAAUCCGUCUGCCUGGGAAGGUGCUGGAACCAUGGCUUUAGCAGACAGUCUCCAGCUUCCUGCUUGCCUGGCCCCUGGGGCACAAGUUCUGAGUGGUCCUGUAAGAGUCACCCAUGCUUUAGAAGAGGUCUGUGGGGCCCCGGGUGAAAGAGGAGAAAAUUUGAGAACCUAGAAGUCUUCGUUUUGAAUCUCAGGCUCUGAGGGCCCCUGACGAUGUGCCUUCUUGCCUCGGUUUCCCCAUUGUCUCUGCACGUCCCUGCAGGACCUAUAUUGACAACAUCUCAUGGAGUCUCCUUUGCUCCUUGGGCUUUCUCAGAGAACCUCUAAGGAACCAGUCCUGGAAGGAAGUCUCUUCUGGCAUCACCCCCAAAUGCAGAUGAGGGUACACCAUACUCUCAGCUCUCUUUUUCCAGCCGGCUGGGACUUUUUGGUGAGAGGGGAGCCUGCUUUUGUCACCAGCAGCUCAGACUGGGUGAUAGGCUGCUUGAGUUCUAGUCCCGCUUCCCUGGUGUCAUCGCGACAUGACCGUGGGCCUCAGUUUCCCCGAUAUGUACCAUGGGGGACCUGGACCAAGGAGUUCUUUAAGAUCACAUCCGAUGCCAAUGAGCUGGAAUUCUAAAUGCUGCUAAUUCGACACAGGUUCAGCGUGAGCCCUGCUCUCAAGCUGCCGGCCAUCUCUUCAGGGGAUGUGAGUUUUAAUUAGGGGAAUGGUAAAUAGAAUUCCAGAAUCGUAUGCACUAGAAUCCAAGAGCUGACAUGGUGUGUGAAGCAAGCCCUGGGAGCUGUUUCCAGGAUGGUGCAGGACAGCUCUGCAGACAGGAGAUGGGUUUGGAGGCUGACAAGCCUGGAUGCUGGUGUUGCCUCUGUCGCCUUGGGUAACAACUCCCUCUAGCCUCAGUUUCCACAUCUACAGAAUGGGGAUGAUUGGGCCCCCGGGGGUGUAUUUAACCCCUGUCUGACUGCAGGAGGGUCUUCAGCUGGUCCCAUCCAGCUAGUCAGGGCCUGGGGGGGGGGGUUUCUCUUCACCCUCAAUUACCGAGGCCCCCACCUUUGAGACACUGUUAAGGGUCAGCCCCUGAGGGGUGAGUCAGAGAUUAAGCAAGGAACUCGGGCCAGAGGUCACCAGAGGAAGGGCCUGGCAAGAGUGAGUUCCGGGGCGCCUGGGUGACUCAGUCGGUUAAGCGUCCGGCUUCAGCUCAGGUCUCAUGCUUCAUGAUCUCAUGGUUCGUGAGUUCAAGCCCCGCAUCGGGCUCUCUGCUGUCAGCACAGAGCCUGCUUCGGAUCCUCUGUCCCCCUCUCUCUCUGCCCCUUCUCUGCUCACACGCAUGCUCUCUCUCUCUCUCAAAAAUAAUAACUUAAAAAAUUAAAAAACAAAAAAGAUGAGUUCCCGGAUGCUGAGGCAAAUGAAAAGCUAACGCAGACCCAGGGCGCUGACGUGGGACGACCUUGGUCAUCUGUGCCUGCUCCGUGGCCACUAGACUCUGGACUCUCGGCUUCUCUCCUCUUGUUCUAGAUGCUUCUCUUGCACCCAGUGGUGUGCGGGAGGCCCCUCAGCCUAGCUUGUGAGAGCCCGUCAUUAAGUUUUUAGGACUCUUGCCAGCUGGUUGUUGAACAAAGCCAUUUAGAGAAAUUAAAUUAUUUAAGCUCACACUUCAAUAAAUUCUAUUAACAACAAAAGUAAUAGAUGCUAAAAACCCAUCACUUCCUUAUCUCGCUACAUCUCGCUCUGCCCUGGAGGUUCCUUGUGUAUCUUACGAGAGACAUGGG